UACCACUGAACUGAAAGGUGUGGAUCUGUUAAAUUGAUACAAAAAUGUAUGGAUUAUUUUUAACUUUAUUACUUUCUUGUACGACCCACUGUCAUGGGAAUGACGGAUUAUUGCAGAACAAAAAACCGGUGAUUCCAAUGCCGUUACUUAACAGCUUAAAUGCGCCAUUGGUAGCCCAACUAGAUGUUACUGCAAUUAACAUAGAGCUGAAAGCUUAUAUACAACAAGAGAUAGUUAAUGGUGUUAAACUUGCGAUGGAAGAAUUGGCUGCAACCAUUGUCAACACGAAAGUGGACCAGGCUACUAUAAAAUUAGAAGAAAGUAUGCAAGAGAAGUUGACUCAAGCUAAUACUGAAAUCCAAGACAAAAUCGGUACAACGUACAUUCAGUGGGGAAGGACCAACUGCACUGCAGAUGACACCGAAACAGUAUAUUCAGGAUUUGUUGGAGGUUCAGCUUACACAAGAUCCGGAUCAGCUGUCAACAUUCUUUGUCUAAUCAACGAUCCACAAUGGGGGAUUUACGAUUCAAAGGUUAACGACCUUCCUUUCAUCAGAGGGGCACUGUUUGAUGUUUAUGAUAUAAAUGUUCCAAAUUCACCGUUUGACUUCGAAAAGUAUGAAAACCAUAGAGUUCCUUGUUCAGUCUGCAUGAAGAAAAAGAAAGCUUCGACAAUUAUGAUCCCUGCAAGAAAAGAUUGUCAUGGCAACUGGGUGAAGGAAUACGAUGGAUAUUUAUAUGCUGGUCAUCCUUCCCAUUCAGCAGCAACUGAAUAUAUAUGUCUAGACAAAACACCAGAGGCUUUAGAUAAAUCCCCAAACUAUACUGAUAAAAUGCUGUGUCCACCGUAUGUAAACGGAAGAGAGGUUACGUGUGUUGUCUGUUCUCGUUAG